GACGAGACUGGGAGAGCCGCUCGGUUCGCUCACCUGCCUGUGUUGUUGUUGUUGCGACUUGCGAGAGUGGGCGGCCGAGUCGAUGCGGUGCUGCCGUGCGGGAGCGCUGGAUUCCGUCCCGUUCCCUUUCGGUUCCUGUACUGUUUCGGAAGGCGUUGCGAUGAGAUGCUGCUGCCGCGGCGGCGAGGAGUUGUUCAUCCCUCGGCGAUGAGCAGAAUCACCACCGGAUCUUAAUCUCCCCCGCCUCCUUCCUCGUUCCCCUCUCUCCCCCCCGCACGCCUUCGAUCGCGUCGGGGCGGCGAGCCUGCGCUGUCGGCGGCGGCGGCGGCGAAAACCCCCGCCCCCCUCCCCCCUCCCCCCCGGUGCUUCCGCCUGCUGGCUGGACUCAGUUCUUCAUUCAGUUCGGCCCUUAACAAGACAACGAAGACCAUGCCGAUGCGUGGCGUCGAUUUCAAGUGGUAUGAUGGGUUCUUCCUCUCCAUGCUCGCCACUAGCGUAAUCAUCGUUUCCAUUAACUGGAAGAGGUAUCGCCUCUGUGCCCACCCGCUCCACAUUUGGAUAGUGGUGGACUACACCACUGUCUUCAUCUUCCGCCUCCUGAUGUUUCUUGAUAAUGGUCUCGCUGCAGGAAUGGGAUUAGAUCUCGGAUGGCAACAGAGAUAUGCUCGUUUUUGUGGAAGAAUAGUUGUCCUCUCAGUUCUUGUACUACUCCUCUACCCCUUUCUCUGGGUUUGGACUGUGAUUGGAACAUUGUGGUUUAGCACUGCAAGAGGCUGCUUGCCAGAAGAAGGACAAAAGUGGGGCUUCUUGAUAUGGCUGCUUUUCAGUUACUGUGGGCUUGCCUGUAUUGCUUGUGUAGCUAUUGGGAAGUGGUUAAACCGAAGGCAUGCACUUCAACAGAGAGCACAACAAGGAAUUCCAGUCUCUGAAUAUGGGGUUUUGGUUGAUAUGAUCCGUGUUCCGGACUGGGCAUUUGAGGCUGUUGGCCUGGAAAUGAGAGUGGGCCAAGAUACUGCAUAUCAUCCUGGUCUUUAUUUAACUGCAGCUCAGAGAGAAGCAGUUGAGGCACUGAUUCAAGAGCUUCCAAAAUUCAGGCUGAAAGCUGUUCCAACGGACUGCAGUGAAUGUCCCAUCUGCCUUGAAGAAUUUCAUGUUGGCAAUGAGUCCAUGCAGGUCCGUGGGCUCCCAUGCGCGCACAAUUUCCAUGUAGAGUGCAUCGACCAGUGGCUCCGGUUGAAUGUCAAGUGCCCACGGUGCAGGUGCUCCGUCUUCCCCAACCUGGACCUGAGUGCGUUGAACAAUCUUCGGUCGACCAGUGAGCCGGACCAUCCAUCUGCCAGUGCCAGUGAUGUAACAACGGCAACUGCAGCGACAAGAUACGUGAGGUCGCAGCCGGCAGGGCAAAGCUAUUUGGUGCGGUUGCAGGGGCUGCUGCUCCGCCCUGUCCGGCACGAGAGCGUGGAGAGUGACGGUGAGCCGGCGGUGGCCAACAGUCGCUUGGUUGGCACUGAAGAGCUGCCUAGCAUAGUUGUAGAUGAUGGCCAUCAGCUGCCAGAUCGCUGACUGAUUUGAUGACCUGAAUGAUUAUGAGUAGGGAACAUUAGUAAGGGAAUCAAAUUAUGCAGCGGUUUUUCUUUUGCUGUGUAUUUUGCGAGUAAAUAAUACUGCUAUAUAAUGUUCACGACCUGUUCACCGUUUGUGCUCCAGUUACUCGGCUAGGCAGGACCAUGCAUGUAUGUGUGCGUGUAAUUGUGUAUUAGAAUUUAGAAGUAAUUGUAUCUGAUUAGUUCCGUGCUUUGCCAA